CGCAGAGUGGUUCCCUCCUUCUCCUGUAAUGGAGGCGGACCCCCCUCUAACAGGACCCUCAUGUGGCUGUCGCGUCCAUCUGCGCUGCUCUGCGGUCAGUUUGGUGCUCUCUCUCGGCUUCUUCUUCGUGUAGUCAGCUGCUCUCAGACUAACGCCGGAGCUGCUGUUGCUGCUGCUGCUCCGCCCCGGAGGUACUGUUUCGCGGUAAACUCAAGUGCGGACGCGCGGACUGAUAGCAGCAGAAACCCCGAAAGCAAACGUAGAGUCAUGCCGUCUAACGUGGAGAUCAAAGCCAAAGUGAGCGACCCUACACAGUUCGCAGAGAAGGCUGCCCAGCUCAGCCAAUCAGAGGGCACGAUCAUCAGACAGCAUGACACCUUCUUCAACUGCAGCCAAGGCCGACUGAAGUUGCGAGACUUCAUGAACAAGUCAGGUCAGCUGAUCUUCUAUGAGCGUCCAGACACAGAUGGACCCAAACUGUCCCGUUACUCCAUCAGUCCGACCAAUGACCCCUCCAGCCUGCGGGCUGUGCUGUCAGAUGCUCUCGGAGUCAAAGGUGAAGUACGAAAGGAGCGACGCCUGUUUCUGAUUGGUCAGACCAGAGUUCACAUGGACACAGUGGAGGGACUGGGAAACUACAUGGAGCUGGAGGUGGUGAUGCGUCCAGAGCAGACUGUUGAAGAGGGACAGCAGGUGGCUGAGGAUCUGAUGGAGAAGCUGGGAGUUUCAAAGGAGAGUCUGGUGACUGGAGCGUACAUGGACCUCAUACUGAACGGACAAAAAGAGACAUAAAACACACACACACAGAAUAAAACAUUCAAAAGGCCAAAAAUAUAACUCAAAACACUGACACACAACGUGAAGAUAUCAGAAUACCCUGCAACCACAAGACUGUAGCUUUUGCACUAAACAGAGUACGGAUUAUAAUCUGAUCUGUUAACUGAAUUUGGUUUCUAUGAAAUAUUCCUUUGACAUUCCCUGUAUGUUUGAAUUUGCUAAACUGAUAUGGAGGGAUAAAGUUUUUGUCUAAAUAAAAUUCUGAGCUCAAA